AUUCACGUGUGCCGGGAACAACUCCCCCAAAGCCAGAGCCCUCCCUCUCCCUGCGCGCCUCACACCAGGCAGAUGCCGCCGUGGAGGUGAAGGGUUCUGUUUUUGCUGUCGGGAUGCCAAGGGCCUGUAAAAUGUUGUGUGGUUUCCUGCCUAGCAAAAAAUUACGGAGAGGUUUGAGCAACAAAACCGAUGGAGCACAAAGGCAGAAACGUGCAGUACCUUGGAAUAUUGCGUAAGGGAAAUUGCAACCACGCAGCCAAAACUGGAGCAGAGGGAAAGGUCAGCGCAAGCAUCCAUGGGUUCGAGCUGCACGCUGGCAGAAAUGUUCCUGAGGGAAAGGUGUGAAGAGUGUUAUCUUUGUAAAUAACCCUGGAAUAAAGUUCAGCUUGGUCAUACAAUUCAGUGGAUGACUAAACAAAUUGUGAGGAAAACCAAGAUACAGUCUGCCUCAGUGAACCCAUCCCUCAGCUGUUGGCUGGAUAGACCUAGGGCCAGAGACGGUUUGCUUAAAGGAAUGGUUAUUUUGGCUCCAUGUGCUCUUUUAUCAUUUGGGAGCAGAGCACUGGGAACAUGGCCCUGCAAGAGAGAGGAACCAGCAGCAGCUCCAGCAAUGACAAGCAGGAACAGAACUAUAAUCGUGUUAUUACAAUUGUCUUCCUGGCCCUCUUCAUCGACCUGUUGGGAUUUGCCCUCAUCUUGCCACUCUUUCCUUCCAUCCUUGAUUAUUACAGCCAGACUGAGGAUGGAUUCUAUUUGUCACUGCAACGUGGGGUAGACUGGUUUGCAGCGAUGGCUGGGAUACCUCCAGAGAGGAAAUACAACAGUGUCUUGUUUGGAGGUCUGAUUGGCUCAAUCUUUUCCCUCCUGCAGUUUUUCUCCUCUCCCCUCACCGGUGCUGUGUCAGACCACUGGGGCAGAAGGCCUGUCAUCCUGGUGACAGUGAUGGGUUUGAUAGCAUCAUACUCACUCUGGGCUGCCUCUCGGACUUCUGGCGUUUUUCUUCUCUCCAGGAUCAUAGGUGGGAUAAGCAAAGGGAAUGUCAGCCUCUCCACAGCUAUCAUUGCUGACCUGCACUCUGCAAAAGCACGCAGCAAGGGCAUGGCCAUGAUUGGUGUUGCUUUCUCCCUGGGCUUCACCCUGGGCCCCAUGAUGGGGGCUUACCUCGCCAUGCAGGCAGAGAAGGGAGAAGUCUUCUACCUUCGCUCAGCCUUGUCAGCACUCGUGUUUUCUGUGGCUGAUUUCAUUUUCAUCUUCCUCCUUCUUCCAGAGACACUUCCCAAGGAAAAAAGGGUCCCUUCUGUGACAUCUGGAUUUCAGGCAGCAGUUGACUUGCUCAGUCCUUUGGCUUUGUUUCAGUUCUCUGCAGUCACCCGAGGAAAGGAAUCCCCUUCAGAGCAGAAUCUUCAGAAUCUCAAAAUUUUGGGCCUGGCCUACUUCCUGUACCUCUUCCUGUUUUCUGGCUUGGAGUACACACUAAGUUUUCUCACUCACCAGAGAUUCCACUUCAGCAGCAUGCAGCAGGGCAAGAUGUUUUUCUUUAUUGGAAUAACAAUGGCUGUGAUCCAGGGAGGCUAUGCUCGCCGAAUCAAGCCAGGAAAUGAAAUCAGAGCUGUAAAAAGGGCUAUGAUGCUGCUGAUUCCAGCGUUCUUGUUAAUUGGAUGGGCUGCAAAUGUGACCAUGCUGAGUGCUGGACUGUUGCUGUACUCCUUCGCUGCAGCCAUUGUUAUCCCGUGUUUGUCAGCAGUGGUGUCAGGCUAUGGCACUGCUGGCCAGAAGGGACGAGUCAUGGGCAUCCUGAGGAGCCUGGGCGCCCUGGCCAGAGCCCUGGGACCCAUCCUGGCAGCUGCAGUUUACUGGCUGGCUGGGGCAGAGGUUUGCUUCACUAUCUGUGGAGCCUUUUUCCUUGUCCCCUUGGCUCUACUCAGGUCUAUAAAACAGCAGACAAAGGAGGAGUAGGAAGGAACCACAAAACCAGCACCAGCUUCCAAGGACCUCUGCGAGACCUGACUCUUGGCACCUGACUGCUGAGCAAAUAAGAAGAUACACAAUGACCAACAACACACAGCAGUUAUGUUUAAGGUGGCCUCCCAGCCAGCUGGGUUAGCUUUGCAAAUAGAAAAACACCAAACAAACGAAAACAGACACACACACACUCGCCAAGAGCUGAGUAAGGCAUUAAGAGCAGCAGAGAAGCAGAAACAGCACAAGAGCAGCAGGCCUGGAGCACACAGGGCUCUGCUGCUCACCCCGAGCCUCUGCAGGGGCUGGGCUGGCACAGAACCAACCCUCAGCACCCUCAGCACCACUCUGAUGGGUGUUUGUUUGUACAAGUGGUACCAGAGCUCUGCAGCUGCUGCAUCCACACCUGCAAACGUGAUGGUCAAACAAAAGCAGAGGCACUCUGCAGGCUGUCUGUAACCCACUGGUACUUUGGCACAGGUGGGCUGUUUUUAGUAUACAAAUGAAUUUGGAGACAUGUUUUAUAUUUCUAAUACUGUGGGAUAUUUUUGAUGACCAAGCCCUGUUCUUUUUGCAUUACAAUAAAGGGUUACAUUGAACACUCCUGUGGUCAGUUCAUUACAGUUGUUACCCCCCUUUGAACUGAACUGAACAUCCCUGUCUGGCUGAGGCAAAAAGGGGCCAGAAUUUCACCCAAGGUGCCAAAGGGCUCCUUGAGGGAGCCAGCCUUGGAUGACAGCACCAUGCUGAUCCAGCCAGUGCCUGGGGGAAGGAACCACCACCAGGCUCUGCCCCUGGUGAGCUGGGAAUCUCUGGGAAGGGAGUCCUGCCGUAACCAAUUGGAGUAUUUUCUGAGAAGGAAAGCCAUCACUAAUCAACACCUUAAUUAUUAAAACUAAGCAAGUGAGGCUACAGAAUAAAAGUGUACAAGUUUUGAAAGCAGA